AUGGUUACUAUACCUUCUGGCUAUACUCGAGCCUCAGCAACCGACGACCAUCCGAUAAAGCAUAACUACUUACACACCCAAUUACACAGACAUUCACAACACCCUUCGUCUGCGCAGCUUUUUGCUACCGGUCUGGACGUGUACAAUCAACUCAAGGGUGAUCUCAGCCUGUUUCCUUCUUCAUUGUCAACACCGCCGACACCACUAACUGAUCAGGGACGCUCGAGAGGGAUGUCUGGCAGGAAAUUCGCCUCUUCCGGACUAAGUCUUAGCCCGGUAUCGCGGAACUCUUCAAUUGCUUCUACUCUUUCCACAACCCUAGGCCAUUCUAGUCGACUGGCCACUCCGUCUUUCGAGUUCUCACUACCACCGGCUCCCCAACUUAGUCUGGAUGCACAGUCCACCGCCUCCUCCAUCUACGCUACCGUGGGUCGUAGCGGCGCCCUUCCACGCCAAAAUACAUAUCACGGCGACGUCCUUGUUGAGACGGACGAUGAUGCCACUCUGACGCGGUCUCGUGUGGCCAAUGCAACCGGCUGGCCGGCCGGCACAUAUCGGAGAUCGGGUUCUAGUAGCGCUGGUCGGUGGCUACAGACUACCUGGAAGGUCUGA